CACUCAAGUGAGAGAUUAUCAAUAAUGCAUUUCGUAAACUGUUUAAUAAUUGUUCUACUUCUGUCACUUAGCCAACUUUCAUUAGAAAGUCCUAACAACGAAGGUGACAACAGAGCUCGACUCCUACGCUUUGUGUCUCUCAUCGCUGGCUCUUAUUACGACGGAAAGGAGAAUCCUCUUUUAAGAAAAACUGUGUUACCGGUACAAGCCAAUGCUUUUUACCCGAGUUUAACCAUCUAUCUUGAAGACAAUGAAAAACCAGAGCCUCCUUUUCGACAAUUACUUGUGCUGCGAGAGCGCCCUGAUGGUUACAUUGCCAUUACGCCUUAUUUUUUUCCCUAUGACAAUAAGUAA